AUGGCUGGCAAAUCUCCGUCAAUGGCGCCCGCCGUCGUCGCGGCCCUGCUCGUGGCUUCCUUCGGAGCGCAUCUCGCGCCGAGAGCAGCGGCACAGACAUGCGUCGCGUCGAUGAUCGACGGAUACGACGUCUCGGUGCCACUCGGCGACACCCUCAUUCUCCACUGGAUGACACCCACCUCAACCACUCUCAACCUACUCCUCGAGACCACCGCGACUGGCUGGGCGGCAGUGGGGUGGUCAGCGGACGGCAGAAUGGCCGGCAGUGACGCGGUGGUGGGCAACACGGGCAACCCAGCCACCGUGCAAGCGUACACGCUCAAUAACAACUCACUUCCUCCCUUCCCCCGUCCCUCUCUCCCUCCCUCUCUCCCCCCUUCCCCGCAAACCACGCCCGCCCCCAGUCUCAUUCUCCACUGGAAGACACCCACCUCAACCACUCUCAACCUCCUCCUCGAGACCACCGCGCUUGGCUGGGCGGCAGUGGGGUGGUCGGCGGACGGCAGAAUGGUCGGCAGUGACGCGGUGGUGGGCAACACGGGCAACCCACCCACCGUGCAAGCGUACGCGCUCAAUUCCAAGCUACCCGGCGGUCAGAACCCGGCGACUUCUUUCGAGGUUGGCGACACGUCUGUGACUGAGAAUGGCGUCUCGACUUACAUCAAGUGA